AUGUUGAGUUCGUAUCCUCCUCCUUUUGCCAAGCUUUUCACGCCGUUCCCUGGAGGUGGAUUUUACCUUGCUGCACCAAUUGCUGCCAAAGACUCCUUGCGGACCGCUGAACAAUGUCACAUAGAGACAACAGAAUUUCAGCAUCAACCAAUUGUUGUUGUUGUUGUGAGAGGAAGAACCAGAACUGUCAAGAAACAUGGGAGCACUAGUGUUGAUGUGCAACAACACCUGGUGCAGAUGCAGCCUAUGAUGGAAGCUUACUAUCCCAACAACGUCAACACUGAUCAUAUUCAACAGUACCUGGAUGAGAACAAGUCUCUGAUCCUCAAGAUCGUCGAAAGCCAGAACUCUGGCAAACUCACCGAAUGUGCCGAGAGCCAAUCAAGGCUUCAGAGAGACCUCACGUACCUAGCUGCAAUAGCUGAUUCUCAACCCCAACCACCUACCAUGCCUGGUCAGUAUCCUUCAAGUGGAAUGAUGCAGCAGGGAGGACACUACAUGCAGCCUCAACAAGCUCAACAGAUGACACAGCAGCAACUGAUGGCUGCGCGUUCUUCUCUAUUGUAUGCUCAACAACUUCAACAGCAACAUGCUUUGCAAAGCCAGCUCGGCGUGAAUUCCAGUGGAACUCAAGGUCUUCACAUGAUGCAUAGUGAAGGGACUAAUGUAGGAGGUUUUCCGAACUUCGGUCGCGUCUCGACCGGGGACGGUUUGAGUGGUUUUAUCACAAACUGUAUCAUUAUCAACACCAAUUGCAUCUUCUACUUGAUCUAAAAGUUCAAGCAAUGCCUCCAUAUUUCUGAACAACGUGAUCCAAUUGUAUAUUCUAGGGAUACCAUCAAUCAUGU